AUGUGUAAUACGUCGCUACACGCGUUUCUUGAGGCUCUACCCAAAGCCGAGCACCAUAUGCAUCUCGAGGGUUCGCUCGAGCCGGAACUCCUGUUUGAAUUAGCAGCAAAGAAUGAUAUAACUCUUCCCUCCUCCGAUCCAGCCUUCGCCUCCCCAGAAUGCCUCCGCAAACGCUACGAGAACUUUCAGAACCUGGAUGAUUUUCUUAGCUACUACUAUAUCGGCAUGUCAGUCCUAAUAGAUAAGGCCGACUUCGAGGCUCUAGCGUACGCCUACUUUGCCAAAGCCGCAUCCCAAAAUGUCCGUCACGCGGAAGUUUUCUUCGACCCGCAAGCUCACGCAAGCCGUGGUGUCGAGCUCUCAACAAUCGUAGAGAGUUUUAGCCGAGCUCAAGAAAGAGCAGCAGUUGACUUCGGCAUGACCACAAAGCUGAUUAUGUGUCUGCUACGGCAUCUACCCCUUUACGAAGCUAUGGAGAUGUUUUCGCAAGCGAGAGACGGAGGUUACUACGCUAAUGGUACUCUCGCUGGUGUCGGUAUGGACUCGUCUGAGGCACCGUUUCCACCGCCCCUAUGGAAGGAUCUUUACGACGUCGCGAAAGAAUUAGACAUUCGAAGGACAAUCCAUGCUGGGGAGGAGGGCCCACCACUCUACGUCUCUCAGGCCCUCGACAUACUAGAUGUAGAACGUAUAGAUCACGGCGUCCGUGCCUUGACGGAGGGUGAUGAUGCAUUGGUCGCGCGUCUUGCCUCCUCUAAGACCCUGCUAACCCUGUGUCCUCUGUCGAAUGUUAGGUUAAACUGCAUCGAUUCGAUAGAUUCGUUCCCCCUUAGAAGAUUGAUAAAUUCUGGUAUCAGGUUUAGUAUUAACAGUGAUGAUCCGGCUUAUUUUGGGGGAUAUAUACUCGAGAAUUACUGUGCUCUGCAGGACGCAUUCAACUUGAGCAUCAGGGACUGGGAGGCAAUUGCGAAGGGUGCCGUAUUAGGUAGCUGGUGUACUGAGGAGAGAAAGGAGCAGCUACUGAUCGAGAUAAAGGACGUUGCCGACAAAUGGAGUAGAGAAUCUGAGAAAGAGUAG